AUGCUGGCCAUCAGCUCCGACGCCCGCUUUCACACCCCCACGUACUUCUUCCUGUCUGUUUUGUCCACAGCUGACAUAGGCUUUACCUCAACCACGGUUCCAAACAUGGUUUGGGACAUUCACACUCAGAGCAGAAAUAUCUCUCAUGCUGGCUGCCUGGUACAACUGUCCCUUUAUGUCCAUUUUGAGUGUUUGGAGUGUAUCAUUCUAGGGGUGAUGGCUUAUGAUCGCUUUGUGGCCAUCUGCCACCCACUGCACCACCAAAUCAUCAUGAACCCCGGUCUCUGUGGCCGGCUGCUUCUGGGUUCCAUCUGCAUCAGCCUGCUUGACUCCCAGCUGUAUUCCUUGAUGAUGUCACAGCUCAUCUUUUGCAGCCAGGUGUGGAAAUCCAUCACUUCUUUUGUGACCCCCCCUCAACUGCUCAGCCUGGCUAGUGGGGAUAUUUUCACCGAUAACCUUAUCAUAUAUUUUAUUGUUGCUAUUGUGGGCGGUUUUCCAGUCUCGGGGAUUUUUAAUUCUUACACGAAAAUUGUCUUCUCUGUUUUGAGAAUCUCAUCCAAAGCUGGGAUGUCCAAAGCCUUCUGCACCUCUGGUUCUCACCUGUCCGUGGUUGGCUUGUUUUAUGGGACAGCCAUGGGGGUGUACCUCAGCUUAGCUGACUCCCAUUCCCCCCCGAAGCAGGCUGUGGCUUCAGUGAUGUACACUAUGGUUGUUCCCAUGCUCAACCCCUUCAUCUAUAGUCUGAGAAACCAGGACAUCAAGAGGGUCUUCCAGAAAUUUCUCAGUAGGACAUUUAGCCUCAAUUGUUAUGUUUAUAAUUAA